AACAGGGAGCACUCCACGAAAGCAGUGAACCCACUGUCAAAACACGAAUCGUUCGUUUAGCGGUAGGCCAAUCCAAAAUGGCGACUGCCGUUCCAGCUGACACGGGAUCGACUGCUCCAACAGACAUUAGGACUCAGUUCUGGAGGAGAGCCUUGCAGAGAGUGUCCAGUGGGUCUCGGAAAAUGGCGUCUCCAGAGAUGCCAGGAUCCAGUCAUAGUAUGAAGAAGACCAUUGGACACAGAGGAGUUGAGACCAAUACAGGAGAGACUACGUACAAGAAGACCACGUCGUCAGCCCUGAAAGGAGCCAUCCAGCUGGGCAUCACUCACACUGUGGGCAGCCUUAGUCAGAAGGCUGAGAGGGAUGUUCUCAUGCAGGACUUUGUGGUGGUUGAGAGCAUCUUCUUCCCCAGUGAGGGCAGUAACCUGACCCCUGCCCACCACUACAGUGACUUCAGGUUUAAGACAUAUGCCCCCAUCGCCUUCCGCUACUUCAGAGAACUCUUUGGCAUCCGGCCAGAUGACUACCUGUACUCUCUGUGCAACGAGGACCUGAUAGAGCUGUCCAACUCUGGGGCGAGCGGCUCUGUCUUCUACGUGUCCAGUGAUGACGAGUUCAUCAUCAAGACUGUGCAGCACAAAGAGGCCGAGUUUCUUCAGAAACUUCUACCGGGAUACUUUAUGAACCUGAAUCAGAACAAGCGGACCCUGCUGCCUAAGUUCUAUGGUCUGUACUGCAUCCAGGCGGGAGGGAAGAACAUCCGCAUCGUGGUGAUGAACAACUUACUGCCCCGCGUGGUCAACAUGCACCUCAAGUACGACUUGAAGGGCUCCACUUAUAAGAGGCGAGCCUCUGCAAAGGAGAGGGAAAAGGCUGUGCCCACCUAUAAAGACCUGGACUUCAUCCAGGACCUGCCAGACGGGCUGCUGCUGGAGCCAGAUAACUACAACGCCCUCAGCAAGACCAUCCAGAGAGACUGCCUGCUCCUUCAGAGCUUCAAGAUCAUGGACUACAGUCUACUAGUGGGCGUCCAUAACCUGGACCAGGCCAGCAGGGAGAAAGAGAGAGGAGCAGGGCACGGGGGGGAUAGCGGGGGGUCUGAGGGGGCCGUGACCCCGGACCAGCGGCGCCCCCAGGCCCAGAAGAGCCUCUACUGCACUGCCAUGGAGUCCAUCCAGGGGGAGGCUCGUGGGAAGGGAGCCCUGGAGUCUGAGGACCAUAUGGGGGGGAUCCCAGCAAGAAACACUAAAGGAGAGAGGUUGCUGGUCUUUAUCGGCAUCAUCGACAUUCUCCAGUCAUACAGAUUCAUCAAGAAGUUAGAACACUCAUGGAAGGCCCUUGUCCACGAUGGGGACACAGUGUCAGUGCACAGACCAGGCUUCUACGCUGAGCGCUUCCAGCAAUUCAUGUGUAACACAGUGUUCAAGAAGAUCCCACUGAGGCCCUCCCCGUCUAAGAAGUCUCGUGGUGGAGGUCCAGGGGGUCUGAGGAGAGCCCCCACUCUGGGAGGCCCCGCACCCCUCUCCCAUGCUGCUGGGCAGUCUGCGAUGGACCCCCGACUCGUAUACCACCCACACUUCAACAGAGCAGACACUGAGGCAGACAGCGGCAUGCAGUCAGGCAGGCCAGACCUACUGCCGAGGACUCCUCCCUUGGCCGCAGGGUCGGGGGAUGCAGAGGCCAACCUCUCCACCUCUUCGUUAGGAAGCACAGGACUCACCUCCUCCUCUCCAGCUCUACGGUCCGUGGGGGUUGAGGUGCAUAGAUCAGUGACAUGCACAGACCAAGACCACAGUGCCUCUCACAGUAUGGAGGCUGGGGUUGAAGUAUCGUGUGAUCAGUCAGCUCAUGAAGACGCCAUCUCAUUAUCAGACAUCGUUCCUGAGACAAACAUCUGCUUUUAAGAACUGAUAUGGAGUCAUCUGAGGAAACGGUGGUUCUGGAACCAAGGAGUUACACAGGAGGUACUGCACAUGUGGUCUGUAAAGCAGAAAUGGAGACGAGGGAUGGAUGACACACAGGGAUGUAUGUCAGCCUGUGGGGGAAAUGGUUUUAUCUUCAUUGAUGCACCAUGAGACAAUACGGAAUGUUGAGGUGGGAGCAGGGUGGCAUUCUGUCUUUGUGGUCCGCAUAGCCAAGAAUAUGGCACCAAAGACCACAAGAAAACCUUUUAAGAUACUGAAGGCUAAAUGUGGAGCUGUCUAAUCAACUGUUUGCACACAACUUGGAAAAGCAAUCAAGAUGCUAUGAACUUCAACAUGUGGAUGGACACGCUGUAUAGAGAACUACAUGGAAGAGACCUAUAUUUCUGAACUUGAUUCUUUAUUAACUGGAUGACUCUAAUGUAGGAUUGACCCUGUAAACAAUUGCAGUGUUCAUGGUAAUGGAGUCCUGCUGCAGCAUAACUAGACAUUUUUUAAGCACAUAGGAAGGAAUGGUAUGGUAUUAUUCUCAAUUCUUUUAAUACAAAAAAUAUUUAUUUCUUUGUUCCCAAAUGUGUUCUUUCUUCCCUGGCGCACUGUGUUUAUAAAGGGCACAGUAUAUUCCUGGGUCUCAUUAUUUCCAUGAAUGGUCCUUAAUUAAAAGUACUCUUCAAGAUUUGAAUCUUUGACCUUGGUAUACCAACCCAGAUUACAAAUAAUUGAAAUUAGUUCAGUUCAAAAUGUUUUUCUGUUUGUAAAACACUCUAUGACCUACUUCCAAGUUUUGAAUCACAUAUUUAUAGUAUUUUAUGGUAAAGGGUCUGGCUUUGAAUCCUUGACCACUGAUUAAGACUUAGUGUAAGAUUAACUUUACGUACUAAUGUAGACCUCAGAACAGUUGUUUUGAUGCCUAUGUACUUCAUUGUAGAUGCUGGAUUUUAACCUGUUUCAGUGUCUAGGGACAACUUUACAGUCAGACCACCUGUUACUGCUCAAGUGGUGAUACACUUGCAACACACACUACAUAAUAUGAACUAAUGCAACAAUAACAGAUCUGACAUCUUGAAAUAACUGCCUGGUUAGAAUUUCACGACUUUCUCUCUUAACUCACCCAUAUGUUUACGUUUUCUAUUUGUGGCCUUUACGGCAGACACAUUUCAAGAACCUCACCUCAAACUGAGCUGGUGAAUCACUGCUGUUGAGAAGAAUGAGCUGUUCAAUGACCCUUCUGUUCCAACAUAGAAAAUCAGCUAUUAAUCAUUCUUCAUUGACAUGUUUUGGAGAAAUACAUUUUAGUUCAUGUUUUGGUAACACUGGGGCAGUUACUUUAUAGUUUAAGAAUAAAGUGUUAUUAUUACUAUGACUUUGUACCUAGUUGAUUGUACCAAUUUUAAUGUAUUCAGGCAGGAAAUCAUGUCUAGUGUUUUGCAUAUGGGAGGGAAGUGUUACAUGUUAUGUCUGAUUGUGAUAUGACCGACUUAUACUCUUUGUGAUCCUGGGGAAAUUAUUUCCCAUGCUUUUCUACAUUGAAUGUUUCACACGGCCUUCAGUGCCUAUGUUGCUGUUUGCCGUCUAUGCUUCAAUUACAAUAGUUAUUUUGCCUGUAAAGAAUGUGUAUAUGUAUAUAGGAGUCACAUAAAUGCCUUGUCAUGCUGUGUGUGUGUGCUGCCUGUUCCUCCUGCCAUCUUUCAGUGAUGUGGUGUUUUUCAUAUGGUCUUUAAAGAAUUAAAAAUAUUUUCAAAAA